GUGGAAGAAAGUUGCAGCUGUCGCUGCCUACGCCCUCCUUCCUCCGCAGCUAUAUAAAGGUUUCACCAUCGCACUCUGACAGGACUUCACUCGCAGAGAUCUCCUUAAGGUUGCACUGCGAGAACCAGCCUGUUUAAACUUCUCUUUCACCCUCCCCCACCCCGAAAAGGACAAAAAAACAAAAACAAUGAGAGAGUGCAUCUCCAUUCAUGUUGGCCAGGCCGGUGUCCAGAUGGGCAACACGUGCUGGGAGCUGUACUGCCUGGAGCACGGCAUCCAGCCCGACGGCCAAAUGCCCAGCGACAAGCCCACCGGCGGCUACGACGACUCCUUUACCACCUUCUUCAGCGAGACCGGCACCGGGAAGUACGUUCCCAGAGCCAUCUUUGUGGACCUGGAGCCAACUGUCAUCGACGAGGUCCGAACCGGAACCUACCGCCAGCUGUUCCAUCCCGAGCAGCUGAUUUCAGGAAAGGAGGAUGCUGCCAACAACUACGCCCGAGGCCACUACACCGUCGGGAAGGAGCACAUAGAUUCUGUCCUGGACAGAAUCCGCAAACUGUCUGACCAGUGCACUGGACUCCAGGGGUUCCUGGUCUUCCACUCCUUUGGAGGAGGAACCGGCUCUGGCUUUACCUCUCUGCUCAUGGAACGGCUCUCAGUAGAUUUUGGCAAGAAGUCCAAGCUCGAGUUUGCCAUCUAUCCAGCUCCUCAGGUCUCCACAGCCGUGGUUGAGCCCUACAACGCCAUCCUGACCACCCACACCACUCUGGAGCACACCGACUGCGCCUUCAUGGUGGACAACGAGGCCAUCUAUGACAUCUGCCGUAGGAACCUUGAUAUCGAACGCCCGUCGUACACCAACUUGAAUCGCCUCAUCAGCCAGAUCGUCUCCUCCAUCACUGCCUCCCUGCGCUUUGAUGGAGCGCUGAACGUAGAUCUGACGGAGUUCCAGACCAACCUGGUGCCCUACCCUCGAAUCCACUUCCCUUUGGCCACCUACGCCCCAGUCAUCUCCACAGAGAAAGCCUGUCACGAGCAACUCACUGUGGCAGAAAUAACCAACUCCUGCUUCGAACCGGCUAAUCAGAUGGUGAAAUGUGACCCCCGCCACGGGAAGUACAUGGCUUGCUGCCUUCUGUACCGUGGCGACGUCGUGCCGAAGGACGUUAAUGUGGCCAUCAGCAACAUCAAAACCAAGCGCAGCAUCCAGUUCGUGGACUGGUGCCCCACUGGCUUCAAAGUGGGCAUUAAUUACCAGCCUCCGACUGUGGUUCCGGGUGGCGACCUGGCCAAGGUGCAGAGAGCCGUGUGCAUGCUCAGCAACACCACAGCCAUCGCAGAGGCCUGGGCCCGACUCGACCACAAGUUUGACCUGAUGUACGCCAAGAGGGCCUUCGUCCACUGGUACGUCGGCGAGGGGAUGGAGGAGGGAGAGUUCUCAGAGGCCAGGGAGGACAUGGCCGCCCUGGAGAAGGAUUACGAAGAGGUCGGCAUUGACUCCUACGAAGAGGACGAAGAGGGGGAAGAGUAUUAAAAUGAGAUGCACUGGAGAGAUGAGAUGCCUGAACGAGAGCUGACCUGCCGUUAGUGGUCGUUUGCAGACAAUUGGUUAAACGCUGUCAAAUGGCAGUUUAAACAAGCUAAAUCCCAUGGUGUUGGGUUGUGUCAAAAACCCUAACAGAAAAUGUAUUUUCUAAUAAAGCUGUUUACACCAACGUCA